AUGGUUUUUCUAUCAAUCUUCGACUUUCUUAAGGAUCAAAGGCAUUGGAGGUCUGUGCAGCAGUUCAUCCAGAUGUAUAUAUCCCCUGUACUACGCAGGCACCACCCGCUACUGCUAAUCCAGCAUCAUAUUGCAACGGGUUCUUGAAUAGGGACAUAGUCCUACUGGUGGAUACUCUGGUUUCACCUAUGAAAGAUGACAAACAGGCCGCUCUUAAACAAGUUGGAGCCGCUCUUACCACUGGUAUUCCAUUCGGGACGGGUGUUCGUGUAGCGAUUGUCACUUUGAACGGAGCUGUGAAAGUCAGCGAUUUCGUCUCUGAUGCUGCUUCAUUCACUACGGCUUGGGCAAAGCUUCUCGCCCUGCCAUUCACCGAUACAGCAGCUUCAAUUGACGUUCAACCUGCUUACGAGGUGGUUAAGUCGCUUCUCAGCCAGCAGAUUCCUAUGGAAGCAAUCAUCAUUUCCGAUCAUCCCUUAGGAGCUAUCGACCCUGUUAAUGAUAUCCGUCUCAAAGGAGUGUUCGUCAGUGCGGUGGUACCGACAAAUGUGAACUUGUUUGGUUAUGAUAAGCUGACUACGGUAAAGAAGGCGUAUCCAACAUGGAAUGCUAUGGCAAUCGUAAAUCCUUUCUCUACACUUCUCUGCCAAUACUCCGACGCACCAGCGCCAGCGCCAAAAGCCCUUCUAGUUCAAUCAGCUCAAGCGGCUACUGAUGACAAUCCAAAAUGCCAGAAGUUGGACAUUAUUGUGGUGUUCGAUACUUCGCAAAGUGUUGUAGAACCGUUCAUAAAGAAAUAUGUUGAUUUCUCGAAAAAGUUCAUUGCACAGUACACCCUUAGUGGAGCAGUUGAUGGAGACAACUCUCGCACAGGAAUAAUCUCAUUUAGUUCGGACGUGUCGAUAGUGCGUAACUUGGGAGAGCGAUCUCUUGAUGAUUUCAACGCGGCAGUGGAUGGGAUUCAUUACACCGGGGGAACGUCCAAUACACUCGCAGCAAUGAAAGCCGGGCGGGAUAUGUUCAAAAAUUCUGGUGGAACGACCCAUGGCCGAACUAUGGUAUUCCUUUCCGAUGGCCAGCCAUAUCCCUUGACACCUGACACAUGGACCGAAAUAAUAAGCGUAGGAAGUGAACUGAAACAGAUGGGAGUCGAUAUUUUCUUCGUUGGAGAUGACAACGGUUACGAUAGCGAUACGAGAACGGUUCUUUCCAACAUCACCGGCAACACCAACUGGGUUUUCAAUACCACUUCGGACGCUAUGGUAAACCUUACAGCUGAUUUAGUCGUCGAGUUCCCAUGUCCUCCACUAAUCUGUGAAAUGGCCUACUACGCUGUGGAGCUGUCUGAGAUCCUUUCUGAGCAAGCUAAAGUUCAGAGUUUGAACUUUAUUCUGCAAACAGCCCAGAACGUCUACACUGCUAAGAAUACUACCCAGUUCCAAUUGAUGGUAUACAAUGACAUGCAAUAGGCAUUCGACUUUCUCACAAGGGAAAUGAACAUUCAACAACUUCGUCGUCCCUUCUUCCAGAGCAGUGUAUUGUUCGCAGGACAAGCCAACUCUGGAGUUUUGGAUCCACUCGGAGACGAGAAUACGCAAAUAAGUGAUCUGAAGACCUCAGUUAAAAACAUGCAACUAAUCUGUCCGCUGAUCUACGUUUUGGACAAUUCCAAAGGGAACACUCAAGUCUAUGGUGAUGAUCUGUGGAGUCAGGUUGUUCCUUCGGCGAGAACCAUCAGUCUGGCAUCGAAUAAUCUAGAAAAAGAUUUGGAAAACACUGAUUACUAUCCAAAACUUCAAGCACUCGACUGUAAACUACCUGCUGAAGCUCAAUGCAAUCUGAAUUUCAUCGACAUGAUUGUUGCUUUCGAUCUAGUCAGUGCUAAGUCUACGAACGUAA